AUGAAUGACAGCCAAAUUGGAGAUUUAAAGCGAGCACUUCAGGCUGCAGAAGCCAGAGUAAAUGUAUUAGAGAAUGAACUUUCCAAGAAAACAGAAGUUUUGGAAAAUACAGAAGCAGUUCUUUCGAGUUCACAACAACAAUACAAAGAAUUAUUGAUGCGAUUAUCAGAAAUGAGUCAACAACAAAAGACCGCUGUCGACGAAACUAAAUUGAUUGAAUUACAAAAGCAAGUUGAUCUUUGUAACGCACAAAUCGAAAAACAGACAUCAGUUAUAUCAGACCAACGCGAAAAAAUAGAAUUACUUCAAUUAGAGAACGAGAAAUUGAAACAAUCUUUACAGUUUUACAGUGAAAAAUUUACAAUUCAAGUUCCACGAAAUACCGAAGAUCGAAUUCAAAAGUCAAUAUAUCAACUUCGACAAGCACAAGAAGAUAUUUUAGAUUUACGUGCAGAAAAUGAAAAUCUUAAGUAUCAAAUUUCACAUAAUGAACGAGAAAACAAAUCAUGGGAAGAGUUUGGAUAUGACAUAUAUCACGAACUUUCAUCAUUUGUUGACAUCGUAACUCCAAUUCCACGUGAUAAUCCUCGUUUACUAAGACUUCAACUUCGCGAUCUUAUUCAAAAAGCUACAGACAUUAAUUCACAUAAAGAAAGAUACUAUCGAAAUGAAGAUUGUGAAUACAAAUAUAACAGUGCUAAGAAAUCAUUGCGAGAAGUACAAACACGAUGUGAUCACAUGCUUGGUAUUCUUGGUGAAGAACCAUCAUUUAAAUCUCAUCAAUAUUAUCAACAACAACAAAGAUAUUAUUCAGAUCCUCCUCAGUAUCAUUCUUCUACUAAAUACGACACAAAAACAAAAAGAUACGAAAGUACUCGAUCUAACACAAACUACAGAUCAGAUUCUGUUAAUGAUCAAGAGAUUGCAACGAAGGAAAAUAAAGCUGUUUCUUCAACAACAAAAUUAAAAGAAAAUACAACAACUCUGAAGAAGAAACAUGAUACAACUAAUACCAAUGAGUUAAAUCGUUGUAUUCACGAGCUUCAUGGUAUUACAAAACAAAUUAAAUGUGAUUAUCAGAAACUUUUUGAAUAA